UAUGAACAUAAGUACGAACGUUAGUACAAACGUUAGUACGAAUGUUUGUACUUACAUUCGUACUAACGUUCAUACUAAUGUUCGUACUAACGUUUGUACUUAUGUUUGUACUAACGUUUGUACUAACAUUUGUACUUACGUUUGUACUUAUGUUUGUACUAACGUUUGUACUAAUGUUUGUACUAACGUUCGUACUUAUGUUCAUACUUACAUUCGUACUUACGUUCAUACUAAUGUUCAUACUUACGUUCAUACUAAUGUUCGUACUAACGUUCAACGUCAAUUUACUGAUGGUUCAAAUCACGAUUUGACCCCGGAGACAGACCUCGGAGACGGACCGGAAGUGAUCUGCA